UCUUCGGGUGUCAGUUCAUACAUUUUGACAGCAGUUAGGGUUAGAAACUGACUCAGUUUCGCUUCAAACAAAAACCACAUAAAUAAACGUUAACUGAAAAUUGGCAAGGAAAAUUACAAACUCAGUAAUAUUUAAUUCAUUCCAAAAAUCGUAGCUUUUAUUCUUUGAAAUAGAAAAAUGUGGCGAGAUUUCACUGCGACUGUGUUCUUUGUAUUCGUCCACAUCGUUACUUCGUUUGCAUCCAACGGAUGUGUAGAACUAAAUAAAUCCACUUUUGACAAAAUCGUUACACGGUUCAAGUAUACUUUAGUCAAAUUUGAUGUAGCAUUUCCAUAUGGGGAUAAGCACGAAGCGUUUAUUAAGUUUGCAUCUGAACAUGCAGAAGAGAAUGAUGAUCUUCUGGUCGCCCUAGUAAGUAUCAAGGAUUACGGUGAUAAAGAAAAUGCAGAUUUGAGUCAACGCUUCAAUAUUCCUGAAAAAUAUCCGAUCAUAAAACUUUUCAACAACGAAACAUUUGAUAGGUUUAUUGACUUCCCUGAAGAGAACUUAGUCACUGUCGAUAAUUUGAGAAAGUUUGUCAGUACACACACUGACUUGUACAUUGGUCUUCCAGGAUGUUUGAAAGAAAUUGACAAAUUGGCUGCGCAAUUUUCUGAUCCUAGUAAUACCAAGGAAACAUUGAAGCAGAUAAUAACUGAUAUGGAGAGUCGGAGGUCGCUGUACAGUGCAGAGAAGACGCAAAAAUCCUAUACAAUCUAUUUGACCUUCAUGAGUAAGAUGGCACAGUCGAAUAAAAGUGUGCCAGAAUUUGUUAGUGCCGAAAAAGAGCGCAUGCAGAACUUAUUGAAAGGAAAAAUUAGUGAUAAUAAGAAAUCGGAUCUUAAUUUGAGGCUAAACAUAAUGGAAUCUUUCAGAAAACUAACGCCUUCGCCGACGCAAAUAUCGAAUGAUGAACUCUAGGAUUACAAUCAAAUUCUGUAUUUUGUGCAUAGAAGGGUCUGCAAACUUACAAAGAUCAAUUCAGUUCUGUAUUACGUAUCAUUUUAAAGGUAGAAUCACGAAUAACCAUUUAAUUUUUAUGCAUAUUUCUGAAAAUCAUACAUCCUCCACCAAAGUAGAUGAGGAACGACGUCACAUGUAACUGUCAAUUUGAAUAAACUAAAUGCAUGUUGAAUGGCAUAAGUGCACAUUUUUCCGCAA